CUUGACGGCAAUGAUCACAUAACAUACCCACGGUAGCUAGGAUACCUUGAUUACCUUUUUGAGAAACCAAAAUUUCUCCUCUCCGAUUUCAAUCAUAUAUAAGCUUCAAGCCUUACUCAAUGGCAGGUUUUUCAUUACAACAACUGUGACCAAACCCCCCACCACUCGUUUUCCCCUCAUCUUUCUGGGCACUGCACAACAACAACCCAAGAUGCUUGGCCCGCUCCUCCUCGCAGGCGCGACCUCGCUCGCCGUCGCCACAACCGGCGCACUGGAGGCAAUUAUACCACCCCAGCUGCGCGACAUCCUCGGCAAUGCGACCGGGAACCCGCUGUACCAGUACCCGACCUCGCUCACCCAGGACAUCAUCCCCAAGGGCAUGCACAGCCACAACGACUACUGGCGUCCGGUGCCCUUCUACUCGGGCCUCGCCCACGGUGCCAUAUCCACCGAGGCCGACGUCUGGCUGUACGGGGACGAGUUGCACGUUGGCCACGACCGCUCGUCGCUGACCGAGGGCCGCACCUUUGACAGCCUCUACGUGCAGCCAAUCCUGUCGGUCCUGAAGCGCCAGAACCCGUCCCACCGCUUCGUGGGCGGCGAGGCCACCAAGUACGGCGUCUUUGACACCAACCCCGGCCAGACCCUCUACCUCUUUGUCGACGUCAAGACGGACGGCGCCGAGACCUGGCCCGCCGUCGUCAAGGCGCUCCAGCCGCUCCGCGACGCCGGCUUCCUGACCGUCUUCAACGGCAGCAGCACCACGCAGGGCGCCGUGACCGUCGUCGGCACGGGCAACACGCCGCGCGGGCUGGUGCAGGGCGUCUCGCCCAGGGACUACUUUUGGGACGCGCCGCUCGCGCGCCUGGCCGACCCGGAAUUCGCCAACGUCACGGCGAACGAGAGCCCGAUCGCCAGCACGAGCUUCAACGGGCAGUGGGGCGAGACGGACGUGGAGGAGGGCAGGCGCACCAGGCGCACGGGAAAGCUGAACGACGCCCAGAUGGCCCAGCUCGAGGCGCAGGUCAAGGCCGCGCACGACAAGGGCAUGCUCACCAGGUACUGGGACACGCCGGGGUGGCCGGUCAGGACGAGGAAUGCCGUCUGGAGGACGCUGUGGGAUGCUGGAUGCGACCUGCUCAAUGUUGACGACCUGGGGGCUGCGGUUGAGUUUUGGGAGCAGGAGGUCUGAUUCAGGUUGCGGUUAUAUAGCUCGCAUGUCGUUGGGAAAAGAUGACCGCGAGAUGCGUUUAUCUGUAUUAAUGAUUAAUAUGGACUAAUGUGCUUGUUGCAUGUAGUCGGCCGAUAACCCCUUUUUUCGCAGACUGGACUGACUGGUACAUUGUCUUGUAGACCAAUGAAACGACGAAGCCAAGAUCGAAAUCGU